UUCGGUUUUGCGCUUUCUCGAUCCUAUUGUACUUGCCCCGGGUUGAGCUGCUGAAUCAGCAACUACCAACAUCUGCACAUCGCCCAUAUUACGGAUAUCUCAUACCUUUCGAGACCUGACGGACCCGACAUAACCGUUCCAGGUACAUUAAAAUAUCCAUCCUACCUAUUAUGGACACGGCACCCUCAAGCGGCGCUCAGACGCCAUCUUCCACUGUAUCAUCAGCCACAAGUGCCACCACCGCUUCCACGACCUCGCAAACAGAGUCGACCAGCACACUUACACGCAAGGUACCACUCGACUUCUUACACUUCCAAGAUCUAUUCUCUACAACCGGCACGCCAUCAAACACUUCAGCACAGUCACCAUUGUGGUACAUCUUAACGACAGCUGUCCUCCUAUCAUUCCACAAGGAGAAGCUCGUGGGCGAUUUGUGGACAUAUCUGGCCAGCUGUCUUGAAAUCAAUGCGAGUGACGAUGAACUUCUCGCGACCGCAAGACGAAUUCGCGAGGCUUGUCUCAAAGCCAGCACACUUGUUGGCUUCCCCAGGGCAAUAAAUGCCCUCUUCGCCCUCAAGACCGCCAUCGACACAACCCACCCUUCAAUCUCCACGAUCUUCUCAUCCGACACAUCACUCCGCUCUGACCUGGAUGCAUCCGCAAAGUACGAUCGCGGCAUGGCGUUCUUCCGCCAAAUCUACCAGAAGCACACUUCGAGAGUGUUGGCUACAAUGGACACCACCUCCGGCGGCGACCUAACCCAUUUCGCCAUCAAUUGUAUCUACGGCGAACUGCUCAGUGAGCACAGCAUCAUCAGUGGCCUGGAGACCGGACUCCUUGAAUUUAUCUGCUGUCUUGCUGACGGGUGCGGACCACAAGCCAAAGGUCACUUCUUCGGCUCUUUGAACCUAGGGGCUGGCAACGAAAUAAUCCGAGCUUCUGUUCAGCUCACCGAAGACUUGGCGCAGCAACUAAAGUUACCAUGUCCAUGGAAAGAAGAAGACGUGGCUGCUGAGUUCCGAUUCCUGGAUAAAGUCAUGCGACCGUGACAAGGCUCGCACGAUCACCGGACUCAUAGUCGAGUCAGCGAGCCAGAACGCUCACCGCUGCAUAUCAACUUCACGGACCCGA